AUGAUGACAGACUUUCGAACUUGUCAACAGCAGUAUGCUGAUAAUUCAAUGGUAUCAUCAUCAUCAACAACACCGAUUUCUGUCUCAUCUUAUGGCGCUUAUUUUCAUCCAACUCUACCUUACAAUACAACAACUGAAUUAGAUGGACAGUAUUCACAAUUUACAUCUUCUUAUACGUCGCAAUUUUAUCAGCAACAGCAACAACAUCAGCAGCAGCAAACACCACAAUCAUACGAUUUUGAUUCUACAUCUUCAUUCGUACCACAUUAUUCAACACUUCAACCAGUUAAUUCGUCUUAUACAUCAUUUUCUCCAACAUCAGAACAAAAUCCUGAUAAAUCUCUCAAUUAUUUCUAUUCAUCAUUACCAUUGCAAACAACUCUUUCAUCAAGUUCAACUCCAGAAUCACGAUCACCAUCGAGCCAUUCAUGUGGUGAUGAAUCAAAUUUAACAAUAACACCCAAUAAAAAUGAUAUUCAUACAGGCACAUCAAUUACUACGGGUUCAUGUGAUGGUACACGUCGUUGUCUAUUAUGGGCAUGCAAAGUAUGUAAACGUAAAACAGUGACUGUUGAUCGACGAAAAGCAGCAACAAUGCGCGAACGUAGACGUUUAAGAAAAGUCAAUGAAGCAUUUGAUACAUUGAAAAGACGUACAUGUCCGAAUCCAAGUCAACGUUUACCUAAAGUUGAAAUCUUACGUAAUGCUAUUGAAUAUAUUGAAAAUUUGGAAGACCUUAUUCGAUCAUCUGGCAUCAAUUCAAGAUCAUUAAGACAUGAUUUAGAUAAUCAAAAACCUAAUAUCAAUGAAUUAUUAAAACCAAGAUCUUCAACGAUCAAUUACAGUGAAACACAUGAGAAUAUACCUGCAGAUUAUAAUAGUAAUUCAACAACACCGCCGAUCUAUGAAACGGCUGAUAAUUAUACUGAUGUGGUAUUAACGCAUCAUCAUACAAGAUCAUCAACAAUAUCAAGUCUUGAUUGUCUAUCAAUGAUUGUUGAAAGUAUUGAUCCAAAUAAACUUGUUAAUUCGUCAAAUGGAAUAUCGAACAGUAGUAUUAUAAAUUCGUGUUGUUAA